AUGAAACUCCUCAAGGCAGUUGCCAUAAAGGCUGCAUUGGCCUUGAUUGCGACAGAUGUGGCCUUCGCUGAUGUUCUGACGACUAUAGAUACCUAUAUAGGUGCGUCAGACUUGAGCAUCGGACCUAUCACGGUUUCUUCAAAAUAUCAGACUCUUCCAGAAGGCGAACCGACCACCGCAAGCACUGGGUGCUCAACAGCUUCGCCGUCCGUUCCCUCCCCAUUGAACGCCUGGAAUGGCUCUAUGCCCCAAGUUACGACGGAUGCCGAGAUGAGCCAGCCUUCCAGAGUCAUCGAAAGUAUCGAAACCUUGUCGACUGUCACUGCCGUCUCAAGUAAAAGAAACUGGUUUGACUUUUUCGGUGGGAAAGAAGACAAGGACAGCCUGAAAAGAUCUGCCGCCAUCUACAAGACUGUCGUGACAACAAGCCCGGAAAUCGCCCCCAGCCUCCUUGACCGCCGCGAUUGGGACGAUUGGGUCGAUUGGCCAACGACCUCUGGAGGCACGAGCAACCCCUUGACGUCUUCUUCAUCAUCUUCCCUCCCACCAAUCGACCAUGAAACCACGUCGACAGCACCAACCUCCGUCACAACCUCUUCCUCAAAAGCUGGUAACAGCCCGGCCGGGGGUCACGACAUCUACGAGUAG